AUGAAGAAGAUGAUGGCAGGAAUUGAGCUGUCUGCUGCAGAUGCCACAGUUGCAGAGAAAUUAAACACCGCAAAGAUGCGCGCAUACCCGAUUAAGAAGAGCUAUUGGCAGCAAGAGGACGGAGCCAACUGCUUGGCGAUAGAAGAAGAAGAUGUAGGUGUUGAUCCCCUGGUUGAAGGCUGCCUUGGAUAUCACGAACAGGCCAGUGUAGAUCAGCUGUACGAUGAUGGCGAGGCAAUAAGGCUUCAUACUUGCUUCCAUAAUCUUCGAGUGACGACCAAAUGA